CACAAAAAUCUCCGGCCAAAUCUCUGCACCAACACGCAGUUCUGUCGCCUAAAUGUGUCGGAUAAACUGGAAACAAUACAGUGUUCUAGAGGCUCUGAGCGUUGCUUGGGACCGAUAUAUAUAAGGCUCGGGCAUAGAAAAAAGGUCGAUCGAGCUCGAGGAACACUCACUCGUACGUCGACAUUCUGAGGCAUUGAAACCCACCAUGAAGUCCCCCGUAUCGGCCGCCGCUGGCUUACUACAUGUCCGACCGUUUGCAAAAGUCUGGAUACUUGGUACACUAUUCCUUCAGGUGUUGGCAGUCAACACUCGAGCCGAUUCGUUCGAUUCACUGGAGUCGACUAUCGAGGGCGUCAGGGCUGCGCUGCUCGCGAAUUCGACCACGUGCCAUGGCGUGGUGUCGUCAUUCCUUGCUCGUAUCGAGGAGUUCAACCCGACUAUCAACGCCCUCGUUAGUCUCAACCCAAAUGCACUUGCCGCAGCCAACGACCUAGAUAAGAGACUUGCUGCUGGUGACUCAACGGGAAAGCUGUUUUGUGUACCGGUUUUGUUGAAGGAUAAUUAUGACGCCGUGGGUACGAAUACGACGGGAGCCAAUGCCGCUUUGGCUGGCAACCGCCCAAGUGUUGAUACACCCUCUGUCAAGGCUAUGAGGGACGCCGGAGCUAUCAUCCUGGGCAAAACUAAUUUGCAUGAAAUGGCAUUGGAGGGCCUCUCCGUAUCUUCAUUAGGAGGACAGACCAUCAAUCCGUAUGAUCACACUCGAACACCAGGAGGCAGCAGUGGAGGCACUGGCGCUGCGAUUGCGACAAGCUUUGCCGUCUUCGGAACAGGGACGGAUGCCGUUAACAGUCUUCGCAGCCCCGCAAGCGCGAAUAAUCUCGUCAGUGUGCGACCAAGCCGCGGGCUUAUAUCGAGACAGGGUAUCUUGCCAAUUAGUUUCACACAAGACAGCAUCGGACCUAUCGCAAGGAACAUCCCAGACUUGGCUGUUGCAUUAACUGUUAUGGCCAGUGUGGGUGCUGAUGAAGCUGACAAUGCCACUCUCCUGGUUCCGCCAGAGGCAAGGGGAAUAGACUAUACGCAGGGUAUAAACGACGGGAGCCUGAAAGGACUUCGAAUUGGGCUGCUAGACGGCUUCUGGAAUCAUACAGCAUCUAAUGAGACCACUCCGGUAAAUGACGCAUUGGCGAGCACGAUUGAAUUCCUCGAAUCUCAGGGUGUUGAAAUCAUCAAUGUAACAGAGCCAAUCUACAACGCAUCAGCCAUUGCCAAAUUCGAUGUUCAGCAGUUCGAGUUUAAGGAGGUAUUAAAUAAAUACCUCUCCAGCCCAAGCCUCACUGGAAAUAGACCAAAUACUUGGGAUGCUGUGUAUGGAAGCAAAGAGUUCCUGGUCAUCCCUGCUCAGUACACCUUUAUGAACAACUCAAAAAACUCGUCGACCGCGGAUCCGACAUAUGCGACCGCUCAGCAGGGCAUCAGGGAUCUAAAGGUGGCUCUUAAUGCUACAUUUGUUACCAAUGAGCUGGAUGCCGUAACCUACCCCGAACAGAAAAAUCUUGUAGUGAAGGUUGGCUCGCCUUCUCAAGCGGGACGUAAUGGUAUCCUCGCUGCCCUGACGGGAGUCCCGGUAGUCACUGUGCCGGUUGGCUUCUCACCAUCAUCACAGGAUGCCCCUAUUGGUGUACCUAUCGGAAUGGAAAUACUGGGCCUCCCUUUUUCCGAGAGUAAGCUGUUGAACAUCGCUAGCCACUUCACUCAGCUUCGCCCACUGCGUAAGACACCGGCUUUUGCAAAUUAUACUGUUCAGAUGGGAUCAUAUGCUUCGAUGCCGAAGAUGCAACCGAAUAUCUCCAACAUCCCCAAAGCAUACCCUGUGGGAACACUUUCGUCUUAGUGUAGUAAGAGGAUAUAUCCAGACGAGAU